GUGGUUGCAACCGUCUCGCCUGUGACCGGAGGGGACUUCAACACCCCCUCCCCUCAGGAACGGAGCGACCCGUCCUCCCCCGGCUUAGACUCCUGGACUAGAAGGCCGAGGGUGGGGGGGCCUCCGGCGGAGCUGCACCAGGAGGCCUAAGGAACCCCCCACCCGGCGGAGCUGCACCAGGAGGCCCAAGGCGGAGGGGCCCCAGGCGGAGCUGCACCAGGAGGCCCAAGGAACCCCCCACCCGGUGGAGCUGCACCAGGAGGCCCAAGGCGGAGGGGCCCCAGGCGGAGCUGCACCGGGAGGCCCAAGGCGGAGGGGCCCCAGGCGGAGCUGCACCGGGAGGCCCAAGGCGGAGGGGCCCCAGGCGGAGCUGCACCGGGAGGCCCAAGGCGGAGGGGCCCCAGGCGGAGCUGCACCGGGAGGCCCAAGGCGGAGGGGCCCCGGGCGGAGCUGCACCGGGAGGCCCAAGGCGGAGGGGCGCCGGGCGGAGCUGCACCGGGAGGCCCAGGGCAGGAGGGUGAGGACCCUGUAAUCAGCUCACCUAGGAAAGCACGAAGACCUUGGGCCCGGCUGUGCCUGGAGGAGGGGCACCAGCACCAUGGAUUUCUGGGUGCAGUUCAGUGCCCAGAGCCAAGCCAAGGAGCGGGUUUUCAGAGCCGCUCAGUAUGCCUGCACUCUGCUCGGCUACACGCUGCAGAAGAACGGAGCGAAUGCUGAUUUCCUCGCCAGGAUCAAACAGCUCGAGGCUCACAUGAGCCUGGGGCGCAAGUUGUUCCGGCUGGGGAACUCGGCGGACGCCCUGGAGUCGGCGAAGCGAGCCAUCCACCUGUCGGAUGUGGUCUUGCGCUUCUGCAUCACCGUCAGCAACCUGAACCGAGCCAUGUACUUCGCCUGCGACAACAUCCUGUGGGCGGGGAAGUCAGGCCUCCUCCCUCACAUGGACCAGGAAAAGUGGAGCCAGCGGUCCUUCAGAUAUUACUUCUUUGCACUGAUCCUGAACCUGAGCCGGGAUGCCUACGAGAUCCGGCUCCUGAUGGAGCGCGAGGCCUGCGGGAAGCGUGCGAAGGGCAGCGAGACCCGGCACGCGCUCCGAGCGGACACCAGUCUCCAGCAGCUGGUGUUGAGGCUGAAAGUCCAGCUGCACCUUCUUGUGCACGUGCUGAGGAGCAACCCCCCUCUGCUUGUGGACGUGGUGAAAAACACCUGUGAUAUCUUCAUCCCGCUGGACAAGCUGGGGCUGUACAAGACCAACCCGGGCUUUGUGGGGCUGUGCGGGCUGACCUCCUCCAUCCUCUCUAUCCUCACCAUCGUUCACCCCUGGCUCAAACUUAAACCUUAGCCGGGAGGACUGGCAGGUUGGUAGAGGGAGGUGGAACCUUCGCCUUUGUUACCAGUUCCAGGCCAGCCCAGGAUGUUAGGGGUCCAAGGUUGCUACUAUCCAGUGGCUGGUAUGCAGUGAAUUUCGGGGCAGGGGCUCGAUCCUAUGAUAGGACAAGCGUUCACGGUCUGCCACCAGAAUUGAUGCUAAUUCACAGCCUUAGCCAGGGAUCGGAUGAACCAUGGAGACUGAGCUCCCCUCUUGUCCCUACAGGGGUUCAAUGCCUCAGUUUCCCCACCUGUAAAGCCAGGAGGUAGCGAGUAGGGGAGGCCUUUGUUGCUGCUGCCCGUGUACUACCUAGUCUGUGGAUACAGAGUGGACUUUGGUCUCCACGGCUGUCCAUCUGGCACCUUUCACGUGGAAGUCCUGUUUUAAAUAUAACCCUUGAAGUACUGUGAGUAACAAGCGCCUGGAGUUUGUGGCUAGAGACUCCUGAGGUCGAUUGCUAAGCCCCGUUUUUUUAGGAAUGCCAGGUAACUUUGAAAGGUGCCGGGGAAGCUCACGGUGUAGCGGCACUUAACGGUGAUGACAUGAUAUGGCAUGUCCUUGUGUGCGCUGGCAGAGUGCAGGCUGCAGCAUUCCCAGCCGUUCCUGUUGAUGCCGUCCCCAGUUCUGACACCUCUGCCAUGCCUGGAAACCGUGGAUUUUCCUGCUGCCUUGGUAACAACAUUAGGUUUGGUUUGAUGGUAGGAAAACAAAGGUAAACAGCAAUAUUCAGUCUCUCCUCCUGCCUCUCCUAUUUGUUUCAGUCUGGCUCUGUUUUUCCAUUGUUUGUUUAUAAAGCACGUAGGGAUGUUCAGGCAUGGAGCAUGGUGACCUGUGAAAGUGGGUAAGUGAAACCGACAUGAUCUGCACCAAUUUGCAGCAAUGGGUAGAGACUGUAAGAUGAGGUGUGAUCUCGGGGCAGGACUGAGGACUCCUAGUUCUGUUUUGAUUUAUUUAUUUAUUUUUUCCUUUGUGCCCACACAGACACAUGUCUCUGUGCCUCAGUUUCCCCUUCUGUAAAGUAGGAAUAACACAGACCUACCCUCCUGUGCCUGCACUCCUGUUCACCCAGCUAGCCAAAUGCUCACCCCGCUGUUUUUUUUUUUUUUUUUAAAUGGCUUCUUUGGUGUACUUUAAUAAACUGGAGAGGAGGAGACAACAAAUGGGGCAGUGCUAACUUUGAAUGGAAAUCUGUAUUGAGAUUGUUUUCGUAAUAAACGUACGUGCUGAUCUGAAAUUA